ACUAGGUUUCCUACGAAAUUUUUUCGUAAAUAUAAUGAGAGAAGCCGUAGAUGGAAUUAAAAGUAAAGGCUCUUCAAACUUCAAGAAAACUUAAUCCCAUAUUGAGGAUUACACAACAACACAAACUCUUUAUUUAUGUUUGAAAUGUUUCCGCAUGAGGAAAUGGGAGUAGCGGAUGGGGGAUUUGAAUUACAAAUUUAUGGAGUGAAACAGGUCGGUGUUGCAAGAGCCCAUUGACGUUUUAUUGUACAAAAUUAUUGGGGCAGAUGGAUUUAAAUUCAUUCUGACGUAUGGAGAUCGCGUGGGGAUCGAUUUCUACUGGCAGGUGGACAGGGCGGUCUCUCGGUUAUCAGCUGGAAGUAACUUCCGGGGAAUUUCAAUUUUGAAAUGGUGAGGGUUUUUUGGGGUUUCGUUUUGAGGGACUUCAGCAGGAAUCAGAAUCGCUGUCGUCCUCGCUGGAUUCUGGACAGUGGGUGGAGGGGGUUCUUCUCCUGCCGACCAGUCUUGUGGAUCUCAGGCGACGUCCGGGUCUUUUCUGGAGGAAAAUUGAUCAUACAGAAAAAAAAUGCAGAAAAGUGAAUUCCACGUGAGCCUGACACCGGCCGAACUGGGCCGCUGCAAGACCCCGUCAGCAAUGUCCAAUAACCACUCUCACAUUCCAGUAGCAAAGUCCUUUGGUUCACCCAACAAGUCCGCCCUUCAUUCCAUGGUAAAACGCGGAAAUUCGACAAAUGCAUUUAGCGAUAAGAGUGGAGCGAGCUCAGCGGGCAAAGCACCGUCGGUUGCUGCUUACAAGGCGUCCUUUGAGCGGUUGGAUGCCGCUGCCGCUCUGAGCAACUCUCAGAAGCGCAUCCUCAACGACAAUCACAGCUCAGUCUCCAGUAAUUCGUUGAAAAUGCUGGAGACACUCAAGAGACCGGCCCAUGUCCUUAAUAGUUCAAGGUUCAAUGGGAGCAACAGUAAUGUCAAUAAUAACAAUGGGGUUGCGUUGGGUGAGGUGAAUUGGAAAUUUAAGUUCGAGGACUCGGAGAAGAAGAGGAAAAUGCUGAUUCAAAAAUCUGACGCUGUAACGAAGGAGAACACCGAUCUUGAUAAGAAAUACCGUCAACUCCUUCGCGACAACAGCGUCCUUCAGACUCAACUGCGCACCAAAGACGAAGAACUCCAUAAACUGCGAUCAGUGUCGGAGAGACUCUGCAAGGAGUACGAGCAGCAAAAGCGUCAGUAUGACGUGGAGACGGGGGCCCUCCACAAAGCGAUGCAGCAGGCGUCACAAUGGUACAAGCAAAAUCGCCAGCUCAAGAGGCAGUCCCUGGUGCUCACCCAGAGAAUCCUUGAGUCACGGCCCGAUGCACUCGCCGAUGAUUUGUGCCUGUCUGAUGAGAUCGAUGCUAAUGAGAUUGACGAUGCCGAAGAGCUGCGGCAGACUAUCACCGAGCUGAGUGCUGAAGUAGCUCGCCUGCAAACAGAAUUGAAUUCCGCGAGACUCCAAGAGUUCGAGGCCCAAGAGCAAGCAGCUUUAUCCAACGCUCGACUCGAGGAAGAAAGAGAAAUGAGGGAUAAGAGUGAAGAGGUGAUAAAACAACUGACUAUUCACAAAGAGAACAUGGAGAGGGUCUCGAGAAUGGUGGCUGAUGAAGUGCAGGCUUUGAAAGCUCAGUGCGACCGAGAGAGAGAGCACGCCAAGAUGAUUAAAAUUGAGGCUGACAGAGUGCAGAAGGAGAGAAAUGUUUUGGCACAUCAGAGUGCACUGCUGAUGGCAGAAGUCAGUGAUGACUCCAAUGGUCGUUUACUAGCUGUACUCCAGGAGGUGGAGACACUGAAGAGAGACCUCGAGGAGGAGAAACAGGCGCACUUGGAGCAGAUGCAACUGCUGCAGGAUAAACUCGAGGAGAAGGAGUCGAAUGUGGAGUUUGAGAUUGUCGAGGAGAAGCUCAAGCUCUCGGAAGUCGAGAUGAAUAUGGUGCUGGAGAGGGCUGAGAGGGCUGAGAGGGAGGUGGAGAGGCUCGAGGGUGUGGUGGCUAAAUUGGAGGAGAUGCUCGGUGAGAUGCAGAGCAAGAGUGCACCACCACCACCUCCAGCACCACCGCUUCCUCCACCACCGCCUCCGUUGCCUCCUGCUCAUAAUGCUUCGAGGGCUACGGUGAAGCUGCUGACGAGGGAAAGGGCCGAGGGAGGCAGCAAUCGAAAUUCGGCGAUUUGCGAUAUGGAGAGCCUCUUGGGAAUUGCUAAGAAACCUGCUGCUGUACCACAACAACCUGCCAUAGACGACAUAAUAAAUCAGAUAAAAGGAGGGAAAUUCACGCUCAAACAAACAGACAAACAACGGGACGAGGAGAGACGACGAAAACGUGAGAUGGAGAGUGCCCCAGCAGCUGUGUCCGAGAUGCUGAACAUCCUGGGUACAAUGAGACGACGAGCAAAGCCAGUCAGACAGUCUCUCACCUAUCCCGAUGUUUCCACAUGAUUUUCACCCACAAUUGCCUCACUACUAUCAUGAAAAGUUAAUUUCACAAGUAUUACAAAAUGCUAAAAAAUAUCUAUAUAUACUUAUACAUAUGUACAAAAGAACGAAAAAUAAGCAUUCGUUUUGUUUUCAGCGUCGAAAAUGUAUCGGUAAAUAUUUUUGAUUAAAUGAUUCUUUUUCAGUUUUUUUAAAAUUC